GCCCCAGUCCAGAUCCGUGACACUCCUCUAGUUGGAAGAGAUGCUGGGGUGUUCAGUAGCGAACUUGCCCUGCAGCCUCUGACGGUCCUUCCCUGCUUUCCUCUGUGCUGAUCUACAAAAAAGGGCUCCAUCAUGGCCGCAGGGGGGCUGACCCCCACCCUCCAGGAGACAGAGGGACCCCCAUCACCCCAAGAAGGGCCAGGGCCGCCCGCCACAGAGGACUUUGCCUACCAGGUGGAAGACCUGGUGCUCCCGGGGGUGGAGUGGCCCUCCAUCCGUAAUGGGCUCCUCCGCAGUCCGGCCGGCCAGGGCCCGUCCCCCUUUGACCGCCUCCUGCAGCGGAGCUGGAGGGACCGGCUGGAGCGGGGGCUCUUCCGGUACCCCCUUCGGGAACUGCGGACCCGGGUCCUGGCGGGGCCCGUGGGAUUUGUGGCCCAGCUGAACGUGGAGCGGGGGCUGGAGAGGAGGGCCCCCCAGAAGAUCCAGAGCGUCCGGCAGAGCUUCGACCCCCAGCAGUUCAACUUCACCAAGAUCCGGCCGGAGGAGGUGCUCUUCUGCUUGGCCAGGGGCUGCCGCCCGGGGGCCCCGAGUCGCAGGGUCCUGGUGGCAAUCAACGUCAGCCCCCUGGAGUUUGGGCACGUGCUCCUCCUCCCCGAUCCCGCCUUGGCGUUGCCCCAGAUCCUCACCCCGGAGGCCCUGCGCUUCGGCCUGGAGGCCGUCCUGCUCAGCGCCCAUCCUGGCUUCCGUGUGGGCUUCAACAGCCUCGGGGCUUUUGCCUCCGUCAACCAUUUGCACCUGCAUGGCUACUACCUGAACUGGGAGCUGCUGGUCGAAUCUGCCCCUUGCAAGCCACUGCUGCCUGAAUCUGGCCUCUUCCUGCUGCAGGACGACUUCCCGGCCCCCGGCUUCCUGUUCUACAGCAAAGAGGGCCGGCAGGUAGAGCGCCUGGCGGGCCAAGUUGCCCGGGUCACCGACUACCUGGUGAAGAAGGAGGUUGCCCACAACCUGUUUGUCACCCGCGGCGCUGCUCCCAAGGGACCCGUUCACGCUCGAGCCAGGCCAGGGAUCCGGGUCGUCGUCUGGCCGAGAAGAGCCUGCUUCGGAGCCAAAGACAAGUCUGCAUUUAAUGUGGCGCUCUGCGAACUGGCAGGGCACCUGCCCAUCAAAACCGCCCAGGACUUUGAGGGCCUGACAGAGGCCUCAGCCAUCCAGACAGUCCAGAAGCAUCUCCUCUCAGGUGCUGAGUUUGCCCAGCUCCAGACUGAGCUGGUGGCUCUCCUCAGGGAGCAGUAGCUGCGGAGCCUGCCUUGCGCGAGUCCCUAUCAUGUCUCUCUGCUGCUGCUCCCUUUGAAAGGAGCAUUGGGUUAGGACUCUGGAGACCACGCAAACCCACCAAGCCCCACUCCCUCAGCUUCAGAGGAGGGCAAUGGCAAACCCUCUCUGGAGACACUUGCCAAGAAGCCCCCCAAUAGGUUCUCCUUAGGGCCACCAUAAGUUGCGAGUGAUCGGAUCACACUCAGACACAAAAAGGAGGAGGAGGAAGGGCCGGUCAACAAAGUACAGAUUGAGCUGGAUCCUGGCUGGCUGCUCCUUCUCUGAGGAGGGGAGAGAGAGGCCUGAGAAGCAGCAGAGCAGGGCCAGGGUUGGAGGGCCAGCCUUGGACUAGGGGUCUGGAGAGCCAUAGUUAGAGUCUCUGUGUGUUGGGUUUGUAUUUCAACUUUUCAAAGGUAUCAAUAAACAUUAAUUGAUUGGAAAA